UUUUUUUUUUGUCUCUACCCCAUCCCCAUAGCAGGUAGGACAAGGCAUGGCGAUCCCAGCUGUACUUGUUGUUGUUCCUCUGGGCAUGCUAUUCAUUCUCUCAGGCCUCAUUGUCAAUCUUAUUCAGGCAGUUUUUUUCAUCCUUGUUCGUCCGCUAUCGAAAAAUAUGUAUAGAAGGAUCAACAAAAUAGUUGCAGAGCUACUGUGGUUGGAGCUUAUAUGGCUCAUUGACUGGUGGGCUGGUGUCAAGGUUGAGGUGUACACAGAUUCAGAAACCUUUCAAUUAAUGGGUAAAGAACAUGCACUUCUCAUAUGCAAUCAUAGGAGCGACAUUGAUUGGCUUGUUGGUUGGAUUGUGGCUCAGCGCUCGGGUUGCCUUGGUAGUACACUAGCCAUCAUGAAAAAAGCAGCCAAAUGCCUCCCUGUCAUAGGUUGGUCAAUGUGGUUUUCUGAUUAUCUUUUUCUAGAAAGAAACUGGGCCAAGGAUGAAAGCACAUUGCAGUCAGGUUUUCGACAGCUUGAGGAUUUUUCAUUGCCUUUCUGGCUGGCUCUUUUUGUGGAAGGAACGCGCUUUACACAAGCAAAGCUAUUAGCAGCUCAAAAUUAUGCUGCUUCAAGAGGGUUGCCUAUUCCUAGAAAUGUUUUGAUUCCUCGCACUAAGGGUUUUGUUUCAGCAGUAAGUCAUAUGCGUUCAUUUGUUCCAGCAAUUUAUGAUUGUACGGUGGCCGUUCCUAGAAAUCAGCAUCCACCUACAAUGUUGAGAAUAUUUAGAGCGCAGUCUUCUGUGGUAAAGGUGCAAAUCAGGAGACAUUCAAUGCAGGAAUUGCCGGAGACGGUUGAUGGCAUCGCACAAUGGUGUAAAGAUGUAUUUGUGACGAAGGAUGCUUUACUGGAGAGAUACUUUUGUAAGGACUCAUUCAGUGACCUACAACAGCAAGACAUUGGUCGACCCAAAAAGUCUUUGUUUGUUGUGAUUUCUUGGAUAUGUCUCCUUGUCUACUGCAUCGUCAUAUUCUUUCAAUGGUCUUCUCUCCUAUCCUCAUGGGAAGGCAUUGCAUUUUCAGCAAUCUUCUUGGUCCUUGUUACAAUUGUUAUGCAAAUUCUAAUCCAAUCUUCUGAGUCGGAGGGUUCUACCCCUGUCAGUAUACUGCCACAAGACCUAACCGAGGAGGAGAAGCUUCUUCAGAAAUAAUUCGAGAUUCAGCAGUAGUUUGUAGCCAGUCCAUUUGUAACCACAAAAAUUUUCUGAUAUCAUCAUGGAAUCAGCCAGCUCACCUAUACCCUUAAUAUAAUGGCUUGGAAAAUGUA